AUGGCAAUCGUCCGUGUAACGCUGUUCAAGGUCCCGUCGAAGGAGAACCAGCAGAAGCUCCUGGACCUCUACCCAACUCUUGCUAAAACGGCUGCCAAGGACAAGAAACCCUACAUCAUCUCCCUCCAAGCAGGUUUGGCACACGAAGACCAACGCUCCCAAGGGUACACAAUAGCCACUACAUUUGAGUUCAAGUCGCUGGACGAUAUGCGGUAUUAUGAUACGGACUGUGAGGCACAUAAGUGGUUGAAGGAGCAGGCGAAGCCUUUGGGACUUGAGGGUCCGCCAUUGACUGUUUAUUAUGAGCCAACUGUUGUUAGCUCGUUGUAA